CAAUCGGGCAAAGAGUUAAGUGCCAGCAACAUGUCCGGAAUUCCGCCAGCCACCUUUACGGUAAGCGCAGGCAGUGCAGCCAACAAUCAGCGACGCAAGAAUCAGCAGAAGAAUUCCACCAAGACUACAACUCCCGAAAAGACGACGGGGUCGAAGGCAAAUAGUUGCCGCAUUGCUUAGAUAUAGUAACUAUCUUAUCUGCGCCAAGGAUUUAACGCAUGAAAAUACAUUUCCCAUGACAUAAACAACCGAGUAUAAAUGGGGCCGAACAAAGCGCUUGGGGUUUCAGUUAAUGGGCAAAGCGAAAACGAGACGGAAUAAUACCAGCGACCAAAAUGAAGACGACCAUUGUUGAGGAGAGGAGUCGUCUUAACGAGACGAUAGAAACGAUAGAAACGAUAGCCACCAGCAGUAGUGGCACCACCCAGGAGACCAUCGAAAUAGUGAACAUCGAUGGGUCUCCAGCCCCAAAACAGCGACACCACCAUCACCACCACCGACAUCAUCAUCAUCAUCACGAAAGGCAGGAGAAUGUUGAGGUUGUGCAGACAGAGGAGGUGAUUCUUGUAGAGGAGGGUGGAUCAAAACCCCGGAAGCACCAUCACCACCACCAGAAAAAGACCUCACCGCCACCACCGCUGCCGCAAACCUCACCACCCUUUCUCACACCCACCGAAGAGGUGGGCUUCAAUGUGGUCUGGGAACCGCAGGCCUACUGGAACCAGGCCUCGCCCAAUCCCUCCACGGAUCUGGAUCUUUCGCCCGAGAAGGAUGUUGUGGAUACGGAGGAGAUUCUGGACACCACAUCAGCCUCGGAUGAAUUCACAACUGUGGUCUGGCAAACGGAGACAAAGGAAUCGAUUAGGGAGAGCCUUAAACACACUAGGGUGGUGGAAGAAGAGAUCAUAAUUGAUCAAUUGGAUCCACCACCCUAUGCACCACCUCAACUCCAAGUGCAAACGGGAUUCUUCCCAGUAGCCCAGCAGCCUCCACUUUCUCCCAUCGCAGAGGUGGUGCAGUCAGAGGUUUUUAUAGAGUCUUCUCUUCCGCCAACCGGAUAUAUUCCCCGAGUGAGUUUAAAUCCAACUGUGGAAACUGUGGUGGAGACUGUUGAAGUUGUGGUUCCUGCUCAGAUUCAACAGGAACCGGAAUUCAUUCCACAACCUGGAUUUGUGGCUAGAAUUGUGGAGAACAUAGAAGUAGCAGCCGCGUCGAUUUCCACGCAGGCCCCAGCUCCCAAAUCUUACAAUCCUAGGCCAGUUUUGGUGGAAGAUAUCGAAGUUAUAACAGAAAAUAUCCCCAUAAACACUGAAAUUGUGGAAGUGGAAACCAUUGUGGAAAGUAUUGACGAUUCUCCCUUUCUUCUCCCACCCAAUGGAUUUGAUGCUGAUACUGAGUCGAUUGAGGAGACCAUUGAAGUCUCCACAGAAGUGGAUGAUUCUCCGUUUCUCUUGCCAGCUGAUGGCUUUGACCCUGCGCCAGUUUGUGUGGAAUCCAUUGUUGAGAAUAUAGAAGUUAUACCACCCGAACCUGUUCUUCAAGUACCAGUACCACAAGUACAAAGUAACAUUACUGAAGGUUUCGCAGAGUCUGUUGUAGAAGACAUUGAAAUCGUUCAAGAUGACGAUCCUCCCUUCGUUCUUCCAGCUCAAAAUGUUUACAUUCCUCAGAGGGGGAUUGUGGAAUCAAUUAUUGAAAAUAUAGAAAUAUCUAAAGAAGUAGAGGUCCCUCCACCGGUACAAAGUACAUAUCCACCUCAAUCUGGAUUCGUGGAAUCGGUUGUGGAAAGUAUGGAAGUAACUGAAGAAGUGGAUAUUCCCCAACCUGCCGUUUCAAUUCAAACAGGCCUAGUAGAAUCGAUGGUGGAAAACAUAGAAGUCGAGGAAGUGGAAGUGGAUUCUCCUGUUCAAACUCCAGUUCAAUUGCGAUCAGGUUUUGUGGAAUCGAUUGUGGAGAACAUAGAAGUCACGGAAGAAGUUGAACCUCCCUUAAGACCACCUCUUCCAAUUAGUUAUCCCCCUCGAUCAGGCCUAGUACAAUCGAUUGUGGAGAACAUAGAAGUAACAGAGGUUAAUACUCCCUAUCAACCACCGCAACAAAUUGAUAUUAUUCCUGAAACAGGUUUUGUUGAGAGCAUUGUAGAGGAUAUUGAAGUUACAAAGCCCGAACAGAUAGUUAUUCAAAAUACCUAUGCACCUCGGGGUGGAGUUGUAGAAUCAAUUGUGGAAGAGAUAGAAGUAAUACCCAAUCCACCACGGCAAUCAAUAGUAACCACCAAUUUUAUGCCUCGCGCGAGUUUGGUUCAAGAAUUGGUUGUGGAGUCACUGGAAGUAACACCCACAUCAUCACCUCCACCCGAACAGUUUCCCUUUAUCUCCCGGGAAAGCCUAAUCGAAGUUGAUGACUAUGUGGAGGUUGAAGAGAUCACACCCUAUAAUACGGCACAACAAAGUCCCUCGGUGGAAAUGGAAAGACUGAGUGAUUCAGAGGCUUAUGUGGAGAUUAUUGAAGUCACACCGGUUAAUACACCACCCAGAAGUCCAGCACUUCAGGUGACGCCCAUUCAAGGGGGAUUCCUUCCCAGGCCAAGCUUAGCGGAAACGGCGGUAAUUGUGGCUUCACUGGAGGUUACUCCCACGCCCACACCUCCACCCAGUCCACCACUGAAACUUAAGAUACCACCAUCGAAUUUUACACCAUCCGAGGUGAUUGUAGAGUCCGUGGAUGUGACACCAGUUCCAUCACCACCUGCCAAAGCACCAGCAAAACCUCUCAAUGGUUUCAUUCUAACCGAUCUGGUCAUAGAUGAUCCACCAUUUGUUGAAGUGGUGGAAAGAGAAGUAAUUGUCGAGUCGGCCAACAAUGGCCAAGUAACUGAGGUUAUAGAGGUAACCGAGGAAGUUAUACAACCUGCCACACCCAUCGGAACUGUGCUGGUGGGUGAGGUGUCCGCGCAGAGUAACGAUAAGUCUGGCAAGAGAUACUCUGUGAGUGCUGCCCUGGCCGAGGGACAAGAGCAGGGAAUCCAGGAGUCGAAGCAGCCACCGCCCAUCCAAAAGAGAGAUUUACCAGACGAACCACCGAAACGCAAGUGCUGCCAGUGCAAAUGCAUUAUUUCCUAAACCAAAAGGUC